AUAAUGGGAAUUUAUACUAUCUGUGUGGAGGUACAGAUAUGAAAUGACAUUCCUAAAACUAUAUUCUAAACUCUUUGAAUCUUAGAUAAUGGAACAUGUCAUAAUGCUUUAUAUUGUAAUUCUUAACUGCAAAUUACUCAACUGCACAUUACCCAUGGCUGGAGAGGAAAGGAAAAUUCCCUUCCUGUAUACAGCCUUCAUUCACGCAAGGCACUUUAUUUAUAUUCCCAAUUUAAUAAAAAUCCCCUGCUGUGCAAAUGUUCUCCAUAUGUGGAGACAGAGGGCUAGAAUGUACAAAGCCAGCUCUUUGUGUUGUUUCAAAAUUGUAUAUAUGUACUAUUUUGCCUGUUUUUAAAACAGCAGAAUACAGAGUUUCGCCGCUUUUAGCUUUUUUUUUUUUAAUCAAGGUAAAAAGCUGAUGUCAAGAAACUCAGUUGUCACCUUCCUAUUUUAACCUUUAUCUACUCUUAUGGGUCUGCAGUACCCCAUGUAAAAUUCUAAUAUUCUUCCAAGAGGAGAACUGGCACAGGGCCAAGAAGCUGGGGGAAAGAACAACCUGAAGCCAGAAAAGAAAAAAAGACCAGGACAAAGCUGGUUCCGGCAUGGAUGACUUUUUAGGCAAUAACCACACAAGGAGUCAGGGGUCUAUUAGACAAGAAUUAAAGGAGAAGAAGCAACUAUGCUGGAGGUGCUUCAUCAAAAAUAAAUGAGACUGAAUCCCGGCUCCACCACUCACCAGCCAGACACAGUGGAAGAGACCCUUCAUCUCUGCGUUUUCAUUUGCUCCCUUGGAAAGUGGAGAAUUUCCUGUCUUCUGAGCUGUCAGAAGGGAACCUGUGUAAUGAUCUUUGCACAGCAGAAGCAGUGGGUGCGCUUUUCGCUUUCAGCUCGCUCUUGGCCCCGUUCCUUCCUGAACCAGCUCAGCCACAUUGAUGAGGAAGGAAAAGAGACUUCUGGUUUAGGCAAGAUGAAAGACACAGAAGAGAUCCAGGAAGCUUCAGAGUCCCUGCAGGGUGAAGCUCUCAAGCAGGAAAAUAAAAUGGAGACACAAGAGCAGAAAGAAGACAAACUCAGAACUUCCCUAAUGAGACAUCAAUCUUCAGUAUAUUUUUUCUCAAAGAAGACAGACUCACACACUACAACACUACCAAUGACACAGUCAUUAUCCUCUAGAAUGUCUCCCAAUUGGUAUCUGUCUAGUCAUCAGAUUAGUAAAGUAACUGUAUCAACGGUGGCACCAUCGACUUCAAAAUCUACUGUGAUGAGCUCUUCCCAAAUAGACAGCAGUCUUGAAAACAGCUGCUUGUUACUUUCAAAGAACCUGGAUCCUGAGUCACCUGUGGCAGGAGAUGGAGAAGAUUAUUUCCUUUCUUUGUUUGACGAUUCCAAGAAACUUACUUCACACUCAAGCCACGCCAAGGAACCUCACAAACACUUCUCUACAAUUCUUGAAGAAGUUGGUAAAUCUAUAUCCAGUUCUCUGGGAGACAUUGAAAUAGCUGAAGUGAAUGUCAAGGGUUUAUUUGUGAAGCUCAUCAACUCUUCCCUUGACAAAGAGGUGGAGAUUGGAAAUCAUAUUCUCCAACAAAACGUGAAAGGACAAGCAGUUUCUCUGUACCGAUUCCCUUCAAAUGUCAUAGUGCAGGCCGGGUCCACAGUAACGGUGUGGGCAGUAGCGUCCAAAGGAAAGCAUCAGCCACCGUUUGACUUUCUCUGGAAGGAGCAAAGCACGUUUCAAACAAGUCCAGAUUGUACCACAAUUCUGUGCAAACCCAACGGUGAAGCUGUUGCCUGGUACACUCCAAUUCACUGGAGGCAACUGUGGGAGAAAUUAGACACUGACAUCGAAUUUAACAGAAGCUCAGUAGCAGCACCUACCUCCCCAAAGCACACGUUUUUGUGGACAUCCACAAAUACACUGAAUAAAGAAAAACAAGAACAACCUAGGGAAGAUACAUCAAAACGUGACCCAAAACAAGUGCAGUUUCUUCAGAGAGAAAAGGAAAUGCCACCAGCCCUCUUCCCCAACCGCAGUCCUUGGUGCCACACUCCCUAUGUCCCUGCUCAUCCUUACUCUUCUCUGAUUGAACCAUAUGACGGAUGCGCUGCUACUGGAAGCAGCUCAGAUCGACAUCCCAGGUCCCAGUCAGCCAGGGCUCACCCAGCCUCAGACUGGAACCAGUCCCCUAGGGACACUGAGGGACCCCUGCAGCAGGGAGUGAGGAAGGCCACCACAUUUGCCACCUCACCUCUCAGGGUGGAGGUGACUGGACAGCUUGAUUCCUAUGCCUCCCUCCUCUAUCUACCAUGGACCAAGAAAAAUGAAAAUAUCUAAACUACAAGAGAAAUAGGCAGUCCACUCAAUCUUCAAAAGUGAGAAAAUUGAACUUCAUCAGGCAUGGCAGCAUGUGCUUGUAAUCUGAGCCCUCAGGAAGCUGAGGCAGGAGGAGCACCAGGAUUGGAGGCCAGCCUGGGCUACACAGUGAGUUCAAGCCCAGCCUGAACUGCAUAACAAGACCUUGUCUCAAAAAACUAAGACAACAGCAACAAGAAGAACUUGAGCCUCAAAUAAGUUAAAUAAUGUAUACAGUUAUACAGCUACUGAAUGUCUGGACUGGGAUUAGAACACAGGCACUCUUGCUGUAAUCUACCUAGUACAGCCACAGUGCUAUCCUACAACUACACUGCCUACCAUGAGCCCUGGGCCACAAGACACAAAUAUAUCUGUGUGGACUCAGAGAUGGUUGGGCUGCAACAGGUCUGCUUUUGCACUCAUCCAAGCUUGCACUCAAAUGAUGGCCCAGUGCUGGAAUGAUUGACACUUUGAUUGUUGCAUCAGUCCCUUUGCUGUUGCUGUAACAAAAUACCUGUGGCCAUAUAAUACAGAGUAGAAAUUUAUUUGGCUCAUGAUUCUGGAGGCUGGGAAGUCCAAAAGCAGGGUGCUAGCAACUGCCAGGCACCUGCUGAAGGCUUUGUGCUGUACAUAACAUGGUGGAGGGCAUCACUUGGCAGGGUAGAACAAGCAUAACAAGCAUUUCUUCCUUUGUUAUAAAGCCACCAGCCCCAUAAUGGGGACCCCAUGCUGAUGCUGUUGUCUAAUUCCCAUUGCUCCCCACAGCCCCCCUCCAGAUACCAUCAACAUACGAAUUUGGGAUUAAGUUUCAAACACGUGGUAUUUGGGAGACAUGGAAAUGAUGAAGUGCUUUUAAAUUUUGAAAUAUUUUUAACAUCUGCAGUCUGUAAACACUUCCUUGAAUAGUCAGGAAUAAAA